AAGCGGAGAGAGAAGGUCAAAGUCUGCUAGGUCGCUCGACUUUCUUGGCGCCAGUCACGUCUCGAGACACAGUGAUAUGGCGGACCCUGGUGACAGUCCCGUGCAGUACAUGUCUCCCUCGCCUCCCCCGGAGCCCGGGGCCUCCCAGCAGGGGCCGGCGGGGGGUGGGGACGAGAGAUACAACGAGGAGGAAGAGGAGGAAGACAUUUCUCCAGACCUCUGGCAAGAGGCCUGCUGGAUUGUCAUCAGUUCAUAUUUCGAGGAGAAAGGGCUUGUCCGUCAACAGUUGGAUUCAUUCGACGAGUUCAUCCAGAUGUCGGUCCAACGUAUCGUGGAGGACACACCCCCCAUCGAGAUGCAGGCUGAGACUCAGUAUGACGAAACUGAGCCUCCUCCGAAAUACUCGCUCAAGUUUGAGCAGAUCUACCUGUCAAAGCCGACUCACUGGGAGAAGGACGGAGCCCCUGUCCCUCUCAUGCCUAACGAGGCACGUCUCAGAAACCUCACUUACUCUGCCCCACUCUACGUUGACAUCACCAAGACGGUCCAGCACGAGGGAGAAGACCCGAUCGUACACCAGAACCCCAAGACCUUCAUCGGGAAGAUCCCCAUCAUGCUCCGAUCCACCUACUGCCUCCUCAAUAACCUCACGGACCGCGACCUCACAGAACUCAACGAAUGUCCCCUCGAUCCCGGCGGCUAUUUUAUCGUCAACGGGUCAGAGAAAGUCCUCAUUGCGCAGGAGAAGAUGGCGACAAACACAGUCUACGUCUUCUCCAAGAAGGAGUCCAAGUACGCCUACACCGCAGAGAUCCGUUCGUACAUCGAGAACUCGACUCGCCCGGUCAGCUCGCUGUGGGUGAGCCAGCUGGCGAGGGGAGGGGCCGGGAGCAAGAAGGGAGCCAUGGGGCAGUGUAUCGUGGUCACUCUGCCCUACAUACGGCAGGAGAUACCCAUCAUGAUCGUGUUUCGCGCCCUCGGUUUCGUGUCGGAUCGCGACAUUCUGGAGCACAUAAUCUACGACUUCCAAGACAUGGAGAUGAUGGAAGCAUUGAAGCCUUCGCUGGACGAGGCCUUUGUGAUCCAGGAACAGAACGUUGCUCUCAACUUCAUCGGUGUUCGUGGGGCAAAGCCGGGUGUGACUCGCGAGAACAGGAUCAAGUAUGCCAAGGACAUCCUGCAGAAGGAGCUGCUGCCUCACGUCGGGAUCAGCAGCUUCUGCGAGACAAAGAAGGCCUACUUCUUGGGGUACAUGGUACAUCGACUGCUGCACGCGGCAUUGGGUCGAAGGGAGUUGGACGACAGGGACCACUAUGGGAACAAGAGACUCGACCUGGCCGGGCCUCUCCUUGCGUUUCUCUUCAGAGGGCUCUUCAGAAAUCUGACAAAAGAGGUUCGGAUGUAUGCCUCAAAGUUCAUUGACAAAGGAAGGGACUUUAACCUGGAGCUGGCCAUAAAGACGAGGAUCAUCACAGACGGCCUCAAGUACUCUCUGGCCACUGGGAACUGGGGAGACCAGAAGAAGGCCCACACGACCAGAGCGGGAGUCUCUCAGGUGUUGAAUCGACUGACAUUUGCGUCCACCCUCUCUCACCUCCGUCGACUCAACUCCCCGAUUGGUCGCGACGGGAAACUGGCCCGACCUCGUCAGCUACACAACACUCACUGGGGCAUGAUCUGCCCUGCUGAGACCCCCGAGGGGCACGCGGUGGGUCUGGUAAAGAACCUGGCACUGAUGGCCUACAUCAGUGUGGGGAGCCAGCCCAGCCCCAUUCUGGAGUUCCUGGAGGAAUGGAGUAUGGAGAACCUGGAGGAGAUUGCUCCCUCCGCCAUACAACAGUCUGUCACUAAUCCUCUAUACCUUCACCAUCGUUUCAAAGUCCGUCCUCUCCUCUCCUCCUAGUGCGACGAAGAUCUUUGUGAAUGGGUGUUGGGUGGGCAUCCACAGAGAGCCUGAGCUCCUCAUGAGCACUCUCCAGAGACUGCGGAGACAAAUGGACAUUAUCGUCUCUGAGGUGUCGAUGGUGAGGGACAUCCGUGAGAGGGAGAUUCGUAUCUACACUGACGCGGGGAGGAUCUGCCGGCCCCUGCUCAUUGUGGAGAACCAGAAGCUGCUGCUGAAGACGCACCACAUCCAGAUGCUGAAGGAGAGAGAGUACAACAAUGCCAGUUGGCAGGACCUGGUGGCUCGGGGAGUUGUCGAGUACAUCGACACUCUGGAGGAGGAGACGGUCAUGAUAGCAAUGACCCCGGAGGACCUCAUGGAGAAAGGCCAGGGCUACUGCUCCACCUACACUCACUGCGAGAUCCACCCUGCAAUGAUCCUCGGUGUGUGUGCCAGCAUCAUUCCGUUCCCUGACCACAACCAGUCUCCCAGGAACACCUACCAGUCUGCCAUGGGGAAGCAGGCCAUGGGUGUCUACAUCACCAACUUCCACGUCCGUAUGGACACCCUGGCACACGUUCUCUAUUACCCCCAGAAACCUCUGGUCACCACGCGCUCAAUGGAAUACCUCCGCUUCAGGGAGCUCCCCGCCGGUAUCAAUGCUAUUGCUGCUAUUCUGUCGUACACGGGGUACAACCAGGAGGACUCUGUCAUCAUGAACGCGUCGGCCAUCGAUCCGCGGCCUGUUUCGCUCUGUGUUCUACCGCUCCUAUCGUGACGAGGAGUCGAACAAGGGCUACGGAGAGGAGGAGACCUUCGAGAAACCCUCUCGUGAAGAUGUCAGUGGUAUGCGGAAUGCUCUGUAUGAUAAGCUGGACGAUGAUGGGAUCAUAGCCCCGGGGGUCAGGGUGAGUGGCUCUGACGUCAUCAUCGGCAAGACCAUCACUCUACCUGAGAAUGAUGAUGAUCUCUCUAGCACGGCCAAGAGGUAUACGAAGAGAGAUGCCAGUACAUUCCUCAGAUCCAGUGAGAACGGAAUUGUCGAUCAGGUGAUGUUGUCGGUCAACCAGGACGGCUACAAGUUCUGCAAGAUCAGAGUCCGCUCCGUUCGAGUCCCCGAGAUAGGAGACAAGUUUGCCAGUCGCCACGGGCAGAAGGGGACCUGUGGCAUCACCUACCACCAGCAAGACAUGCCGUUCACCUGCGAGGGCAUCACCCCCGACCUCAUCAUGAACCCCCACGCGAUUCCCUCUCGAAUGACCAUCGGACACUUGAUCGAGUGCCUCCAGGGAAAGGUGUCGGCCAACAAGGGUGAGAUUGGCGACGCAACUCCAUUCAAUGAUGCGGUGAACGUGCAGAAGAUCUCUGAGCUGCUCAACGACUACGGCUACCACAAAAGAGGAAACGAGGUCCUCUUCAAUGGCUUCACCGGGAGGAAACUGAACACUCAGGUGUUUCUGGGUCCGACCUACUACCAGAGACUGAAGCACAUGGUGGCAGACAAGAUCCACUCGAGGGCCCGCGGACCUGUGCAGAUCCUCACUAGGCAACCCAUGGAGGGAAGAUCACGUGACGGUGGACUGAGGUUUGGCGAGAUGGAGAGGGACUGUCAGAUUGCACACGGAGCGGCCCAGUUUCUCCACGAGCGACUGUUCACGGUGUCUGACGCCUACAGAGUCCACGUCUGCGACAUCUGUGGACUCAUCGCCAUCGCCAACCUCCAGACCAACACAUUUGAGUGCCGCGGCUGCAAGAACAAAACUCGGAUUUCCCAGAUUGAGAUUCCCUAUGCCUGCAAACUGCUGUUCCAGGAGCUCAUGUCCAUGAGCAUCUCCCCGAGGAUUAUGACAUCAUGAACAACGGCAACAACCCUCAAUUCUGGACUUAAUUUUUCUGCAUCAAAUUUGCAUUGUGACACACGUACUUAACUUUAUCAUGAUGC